AACAAGAAAACUUAGCAGCCUCAAAUGUUGAGGAAAGUUCAAGGAAACAUGAAAUCAUAUAUCAUUGUCAAACAUUCAAACCCUUGACCCACACUUCACAACAAACCCUAUAAAACCCACAACACCCCAUUUUGACCCAUCCAAACUACACCACCAUGAACCACCGUCCAUUCACCUUCCCGGAGACCACCUCCACCGUGGUCCCCUCCCCCACCACCUUCUUCUCCCCUAACCUCCUCUCAUCCCCCCUCCCCACCAACUCAUUCUUCCAAAACUUCACCCUCAAAACCGGCAACCAACCCGAAUACAUCCACCCAUAUCUCAUCAAAUCAUCCCUCUCAUCCCUAUCCAUCUCAUACCCAUCUUUAUUCUCCAACCCCUCUUUCACAUACCAAAUCUUCAACCCGGAUCUCACCAUAUCCGUUUCCAACAACCCUGACCCGACCCGACCCCACGUCAUAUCCUCCUUCAAUGACCUCAGCCUUACCUUAGACAUUCAACCCAACCUAAGAUUCUUCCUUGUCAGAGGCUCCCCCUUUAUCACAUGCCAAAUCUUACAACCCCUCCAACUUUCAAUCUCAACCGUCCAUGCUAUUCUUGAUCUUGCCCCAAAUAGCUCCAAGACCCGGUUCAAGAUCCGGUUAAAUAACGGUCAAACUUGGGUUUUGUACUCUUCUUCACCCAUCAAUCUGACCCAUAAUGUUUCCAAGAUUGAAUCUUUAGAGUUCUCCGGUGUGAUCCGGAUCGCAGUGCUACCAAAUUCUGAUUCGGGUUCGGAUUUCGAAACAAUUCUUGAUCGGUUCAGUUCUUGUUAUCCGGUUUCGGGUCGGGUCGAGUUUACCGGACCCUUUAGUGUGGAAUACAAAUGGGAAAAGAAAGGGUGGGGGGAUUUAUUAAUGCUAGCAAACCCUUUGCAUAUUCGAUUAAUCGAUAACUGUAACGGUUCGGUUUCGGUUUUGAAUAAUGUUAAGUACACAAGUCUUGAUGGGGAACUUGUGGGUGUGGUUGGGGAUUCAUGGGUUUUAAAACCCGACCCGGUUUCUAUCACUUGGCAUUCUAUUAAAGGGGUUAGAAAUGAAGGAUACUCUGAAAUUGUGGAGGCAUUGGUUAAGGAUGUUUCGGGUUUGGAUUCGAGUGCGAUAGAGACGACUUCGUCGUAUUUUUAUGGGAAAUUGGUGGCUAGAGCGGCUCGGUUCGCGUUGAUCGCUGAAGAGAUUGGGUAUCUUGAGGUGAUCCCGAAAGUUAGAAAGUAUUUGAAGGAAACCAUUGAGCCAUGGUUGGAUGGAACCUUUGGGAGUAAUGGGUUUUUGUAUGAUAGAGUGUGGGGUGGGCUUGUAACUAAACAAGGGGCUACCGAUACAGGUGCAGAUUUUGGUUUCGGCAUAUACAACGACCACCAUUUCCACAUCGGUUACUUUCUCUACGGAAUCGCGGUUCUUGCAAAGAUAGAUCCCAUUUGGGGAUUAAAGUAUAGACCUCAAGCAUACUCAUUAAUGGCGGAUUUCAUGACACUGGGUAAAGGUCCAAACGCGAAGUAUACGCGUUUAAGAUGCUUUGAUCUAUGGAAGCUACACUCAUGGGCAUCAGGCUUAACCGAAUUCACCGACGGAAGAAACCAAGAAAGCACAAGCGAAGCAGUAAACGCGUAUUACUCCGCCGCAUUAAUGGGCCUCGCGUAUGGAGACGCCCAUUUAGUCGCACUCGGAUCACUCCUCACAUCCAUGGAGAUCCACGCCUCUCAAACAUGGUGGCAUGUGAAAGAAACCGACACAAUCUACGCUGCGGACUUCACACGUGAAAACCGAGUGGUGGGAGUUCUUUGGGCCAACAAAAGAGACAGUGGGCUAUGGUUUGCUCCGGCUGAGUGGAAGGAAUGUAGGCUCGGGAUCCAAGUGCUGCCGUUGUUGCCGAUAACCGAACCGUUGUUUUCGGAUGCGGAGUUUGCGAGGCAGCUUGUGGAGUGGACAUUGCCUGCUUUGGAAAGAGAGGGUGUUGGUGAAGGGUGGAAAGGGUUUGUGUAUGCAUUGCAAGGGGUUUAUGAUAAAGAUGUUGCACUUGAAAAGAUUAGGGGGUUGAAUGGAUAUGAUGAUGGGAAUUCAUUAAGUAAUUUGUUGUGGUGGAUUUUUAGUAGGGGUGGUUGUGAAGAGGGGACCAGUGGACAUUGUUGGUUUGGUCACUAUUGUCACUAAAAGUUGUUACAGUCGGUUAUUUGCUACAGUUGUUAUAUAUAUACCAGUUCAGAUUUGAAAUUUGUGUUGUUUGAUUUAAUAAAUAAAUUUUUGAGAGAGUUAA